CAAAAAGAUCCCACGAUAAACCUCGCCAAAGCCCUCCUCUCGGAUCAAGUAGCUUGAAAAUUUCCGAGUCUCAUUGUCCAGAACCGAAAAGUCCUAACCCUAAGUUCCAACAGUUAUCGCCCGUCUACUCCGAUGGCGUCCCGCUGUAGAUCUCUCUCACAACCUACUCUCUCUUUCCUCAAAUCGACAUUCACCAAACCCACCCUUAGGCCCAAUUCCUCACCUUUUCUUCCCACACUCAAGCCCAGCUCUUCGCUCUGCUUUCCGAGGUCGAUUCCUCCAUUGGGUGCUCUUCAGUCUCUGCUUCCUCUCCACACAGCGGUUUCUUCGGCUCGGCUCACCUCGUGCCUCGGAGUUGAUUCGAGCAGCUCGAGGUCGUUGUCUCAGGGUCUCAGAAGUCUUCCGGUACCAUUCUUGCAGUAAUGGUUGUAUGCUGCCUGCAGAACAUUUAAAUGGAUUGCUUCUAAUUGGGUGGCUAGUUUAGAGUUUCAAUUUCAUUUGGCAGUGUGUAUCCCGUCUUUGUUAUAAUGAGUCACUAGCGGAUUGUGCAAUAUUUUGUGCUUUCUAUCGCUGGAACUUGGGAUCCAAUGGGUGGUGCCAUUGGUGAUGCCAAAGAAGGGGAGGGAUGCCGACUUCAGUUGGAAAUGGUUAUUUUGUUGGCUUGAAAAUAGUCUGAAAUGGAGCUAAGCUCCUCUUUGCCUUAUUGCGGGUGCUUGGGUGAGAGGAAUAAUGAAAUUUCUGUGGCUGUUGAAAAGUCUUCUACUGUGAUGGGAGUUUUCCUUUCUUUCUUUUGUGCUCUCUUUAACCUUAUUGUGUAAUUCUUUAGGGGAUUCUCUUGUAUACCCUGUGUUUACUUGAGAUCCUUUUGCUGCUAAAUGAGUUGCAAAUGAAUUGUUCGCUUCUGAUUCA